AUGUCCUUCAACGGCUUCGGUUCCGGUUCUUUCGGCAACUACGACCUGACCGGCAAAACCAUGGGCCAAUCCCCUCUGACCAGAACGCGCACCCACGACGACGACCCUGCCUCCGCUCCCACCGAGGUCCCGGAGGGCGGCCACACCGGCACCGGCACCGGCACCGGCACCGGCACCGGAAUCGGCGCCAGCCCCCGCGCCAGCACCGACGCCCGCCGCCUGUCUCACCAGGCCAGCCACACCCGCGCCACCUCCGUCACCGAGACCGGCGGCGACUCCCCUUCCCGCUCCAAGGACCUGGCAGACAAGGUUCACGACCCAGAGGAUGCCGACACCGAGGACGAGGACUCGGAAGAGGAGCGCCGUGCCAGCAUCGUCCAGGCCCUCGCCCGCCGUUACACCACCCAGUCGCAGAUCUCCGGCCUGUCCCCCGGCGGCAACCCCUUCCUCAUCGCUCUCGAGGACCCCGACUCGCCCCUGAACCCGGCCAGCGACAACUUUCGCGCCCGCGCCUGGGCCAAGGCCCUGGUCGACCUCUCCGCCGACGAGGGCGACCACUUUCGCACUUCGGGCGUUGCCUUCCAGAACCUCAACGUCUUUGGCUUCGGCGCCGCCACCGACUACCAGAAGGAUGUCGGCAACGUCUGGCUCGAGACCGUCGGAGGCGUCCGCCGCUUGAUGGGCAAGGGCAGCAGCCGCAUCGACAUCCUGCGCCACUUUGACGGCCUCGUCCGGAAGGGCGAGAUGCUCGUCGUCCUCGGCCCUCCCGGCGCCGGCUGCAGCACCUUCCUCAAGACCAUCGCCGGCGAGACCAACGGCAUCUACGUCGACGACAAGUCCUACUUCAACUACCAGGGCAUGACCUCCAAGGAGAUGCACACCCGCCACCGCGGAGAGGCCAUCUACACCGCCGAGGUCGACGUCCACUUCCCCCAGCUCAGCGUCGGCGAGACCCUCACCUUUGCCGCCAACGCCCGCUCCCCCCGCAGGCUCCCCGAGGGCGUCUCCCGCACCCUCUACGCGAACCACCUCCGAGACGUCGUCAUGGCCAUGUUUGGCAUCUCCCACACCAUCAACACCCGCGUCGGCAACGAGUACGUCCGCGGCGUGUCCGGCGGCGAGAGGAAGCGCGUCACCAUCGCCGAGGCCGCCCUGUCCUUCGCCCCGCUGCAGUGCUGGGAUAACAGCACCCGCGGCCUCGACAGUGCCAACGCCAUCGAGUUCUGCAAGACCCUGCGCCUGCAGACCGAGCUCUUCGGGAGCACCGCCUGCGUCUCCAUCUACCAGGCGCCCCAGAGCGCCUACGACCUCUUCGACCGCGCCGUCGUCCUGUACGAGGGCCGCCAGAUCUUCUUCGGCAAGGCCGACGAGGCCAGGCAGUACUUUGUCAACCUCGGCUUCGAGUGUCCCGCUCGUGCCACCACCCCCGACUUCUUGACCUCCAUGACCUCCCCGCAGGAGCGCAUCGUCCGCGCCGGCUUCGAGGGCCGCGCCCCUCGCACCCCCGACGAGUUCGCCGAGGCCUGGAAGAAGAGCGCCGAGUUCAAGGCCCUCCAGGCCGAGAUCGAGGCCUACAAGGAGGAGCAUCCCCUCAACGGGCCCGACGCCGAGGCCUUCCGGGCCAACAAGAAGGCCCAGCAGGCCAAGGGCCAGCGCGCCAAGAGCCCCUACACCAUGUCCUACACCCAGCAGAUCAAGCUCUGCCUGUGGCGCGGCUGGAGGCGUCUGAUUGGCGACCCCAGCUUCACCCUCGGCGCCCUCAUCGGCAACUUCAUCAUGGCCCUCAUCAUCGCCAGUGUCUUCUUCAACAUCCAGCCUACGACGGCCAGCUUCUUCCAGAGAGGCGCCCUGCUCUUCUUUGCCUGCCUCAUGAACGCCUUCGCCUCCGCCCUCGAGAUCCUGACCCUGUACGCACAGCGGCCCAUCGUCGAGAAGCACGACCGCUAUGCCCUCUACCACCCGUCGGCAGAGGCCAUCGCCUCCAUGCUGUGCGACUUGCCCUACAAGGUGUGCAAUGCCAUCAUCUUCAACCUGACCCUCUACUUCAUGACCGGCCUGCGACGCGAGCCCGGCGCCUUCUUCUUCUUCCUGCUCAUCAGCUUCGUCACCGUCCUGACCAUGUCCAUGGUGUUCCGCACCAUCGCCUCCGCCUCCCGCACCCUGUCGCAAGCCAUGGUCCCGGCCGCUGUCAUCAUCCUCGCCCUCGUCAUCUUCACCGGCUUCAUCAUUCCCACCGACUACAUGCUGGGUUGGUGCCGCUGGAUCAACUACAUCGACCCUCUCGCGUACGCCUUCGAGGCCCUCAUGGUCAACGAGUUCCACGGCCGCCAGUUCCGCUGCCUGCCGCAGGACUUCAUCCCCAGCGCCAGGGUUCCCGGCUACGACAACAUCUCUCUCCAGAACAAGAUCUGCUCUGCCGUCGGUUCCGUUGCCGGCUCCGAGUACGUCGACGGCGACUUCUACAUGGCUACCAACUUCAAGUACUACUGGAACAACCGCUGGCGCAACUUUGGCAUCGUUAUUGCCUUCAUGGUGUUCUUCCUCUUCUGCUACAUGGUCGCUGCCGAGCUCGUCUCCGAGAAGAAGUCCAAGGGCGAGGUCCUCGUCUUCCGCCGGGGCCACAAGCCUGCCGUCUUCAAGGAGAAGUACAGCCAGGAUGCCGAGGCUGGCGUCAAGGUCUCCGGCCCCGUCGUCGCCGCUGCCGAGAAGUCCGCCGCCGACAAGGAGACCGGCUUCAUCCAGAGGCAGACCAGCGUGUUCCACUGGCAGGACGUCUGUUACGACGUCAAGAUCAAGAGCGAGACGAGGCGCAUUCUCGACCAUGUCGACGGCUGGGUCAAGCCUGGUACCUUGACCGCUCUGAUGGGUGUCUCUGGGGCCGGAAAGACGACGCUUCUCGACUGCCUGGCUGACCGGACCGCGAUGGGUGUAAUCACUGGCGACAUGUUUGUUGAUGGCCACGAGCGCGAUGCCUCCUUCCAGCGCAAGACUGGCUACGUCCAGCAGCAAGAUCUCCACCUGGAAACCACGACCGUUCGCGAAGCCCUCAACUUCUCCGCCCUUCUGCGUCAGCCGGCUCAUGUGCCCCGUGCUGAGAAGCUGGCCUAUGUCGAUGAGGUGAUCAAGCUAUUGGACAUGCAAGAGUACGCCGAUGCUGUGGUUGGUGUCCCCGGUGAGGGUCUCAACGUCGAGCAGCGCAAGCGUCUUACAAUCGGUGUCGAACUUGCUGCCAAGCCCCCUCUGUUGCUCUUUGUUGAUGAGCCCACCUCGGGUCUCGACUCGCAAACCAGCUGGGCCAUUCUCGACCUGCUCGAGAAGCUGACCAAGAGCGGACAAGCCAUUCUCUGCACCAUCCACCAGCCCUCUGCUAUGCUCUUCCAGCGCUUCGACCGCCUCCUCUUCCUGGCCAAGGGCGGCAGGACUGUGUACUUUGGUGACAUCGGCGAGAACUCGCACAAGAUGACGAGCUACUUUGAGAGGCACAGCGGCGCCAAGUGCCCGUCCGAUGCCAACCCGGCCGAGUGGAUGCUCGAGGUCAUCGGCGCUGCCCCGGGCCACAUUUCCGAAAUCGACUGGUUCAAGACCUGGCGCGAGUCCGCCGAGUUCGAGGAGGUCCACGCCGAGCUCCAGCGCCUGCGCGACGAACCCGCCCCUGCCCCCACCUCCAAGGACAAGGCCAGCUACCGCGAGUUCGCCGCUGGCUUCGGCCUGCAGCUCCGCGAAGUCACGCACCGUGUGUUCCAGCAGUACUGGCGCACGCCCUCGUACAUCUACUCCAAGACGGCGCUCUGUCUCUUGAUCUCCCUCUUUAUCGGUUUCGUCUUCUACAACGCCCCCAAGACCCUCCAGGGCCUCAACAACCAGAUGUUCUCCAUCUUCCAGCUCCUGACCGUCUUUGGCCAAAUGGUCCAGCAGACCAUGCCCUACUUUGUCAUCCAGCGCUCCCUCUACGAGGUCCGCGAGCGGCCCUCCAAGGUCUACAGCUGGAAGGUCUUCAUGCUCUCUCAGAUCAUCGUCGAGCUUCCCUGGAACACCCUGAUGGCUGUCCUCAUGUACUUUUGCUGGUACUACCCUCUGGGGCUGUACCGCAACGCCGAGGCCGCCGGCCAGGUCACAGAGCGUGGUGCCCUGACGUUCCUAUUCCUGCUCGCCUUCAUGCUCUUCACCUCGACCUUUACCGACUUUAUCAUUGCUGGCUUCGAGACCGCCGAGGCCGGCGGCAACAUUGCCAACUUGCUCUUCAUGCUGUGCCUCAUCUUCUGUGGUGUCUUGGCCCGUCCCGGCGAGAUGCCCCAGUUCUGGAUCUUCAUGUACCGUGUGUCGCCUUUCAACUAUCUCGUAUCGGGCAUGCUGUCCACAGCGAUUGCAAAUACCAACGUCGUCUGCGCCGAAAACGAGCUCCUCCACUUUGCACCCCCCAAGUCGAUGACUUGCGGUGACUACCUGGACGUCUACUCCAAGGCCACUGGCGGAUACAUUGUUGACAAGAAUGCGACCGACAUGUGCACCUACUGCACCGUCGGCGACACGAACCUGUACCUCGACCAGAUCGGCGCCAAGUACGACGACCGCUGGCGCAACUUUGGCAUCCUCUGGGCCUACAUCAUCUUCAACGUCUUCGCUGCCCUCGUUCUAUACUGGCUCACUCGCGUGCCCAAGAAGUUUGGCAAGAAGGCCAAGAAGGAGUAA